AUGCCUACAUUUACUGCGAUAGACAUUAAUUUUGCUUACAAUAUUCAUAUAGUCUGCGGAUAUUCUUUCCAAGAAGAAACGUUCUAUCUAUCUAUCUAUCUAUCUAUCUAUCUAUCUAUCUACUAUUUAUUCCACAUCUCUCUCUCAUCACUCCGUCUCUCUCUCUCUCUCUCUCUCUCUCUCUCUCUCUCUCUCUAUCUAUCUAUCUAUCUCUUCCUUGAAUUUCUAUACAUCAGAUUUUCUCUCUCAAAAAGAACAAAUCCUAACAUCUGUCCUUCCUUCCUUCCUUCCUUCCUUCCCUCCCUCCCUCUCUCUCUCUUUAUCUCUCUCUCUUUCUCUAUACAUCUAUCUUUCACUUUCUCGUUUAUAUGCACAUUCUCUCUCUUUAUCUCUCUCUCUUUCUCUAUAUAUCUAUCUUUCACUUUCUCGUUUAUAUGCACAUUCUCUCUCUCUUUCUCUUUAUCUCUCUCUCUUUCUCUAUAUAUCUAUCUUUCACUUUCUCGUUUAUAUGCACAUUCUCUCUCUCUCCAUCUCUGUCUCUGUCUCUCUUUCUCUUUAUCUCUUUCUCUAUAUAUCUAUCUUUCACAUCUCUUACUACUCCUAUUUAUUCACCAACUCAUCCUCUAUUUUAUCCUUUUUCACCCGCCUGCAGUUUGCUACUCCUCCUCUCUAGUCUUCAUCAUCUCGUCCUGUUUUAUCACACCUUUCUCUUUUCUCUCACUUUUUCCCCUUACCUUUCCUUUUCUUGCUUCGUCAUCAACACACUCUCUAUUUUAUGAUACAUUUCUCUCUUUUUCCCUCAUAUAUCUUAACUCUCCCUUUUUCUUUUCCUCGCCAAAUCCUCUUCUAUUUUAUUACACAUUCCUCCGCCUCGCUUUUCCUCACCAAAUUUUCCUCAUUUUUAUUAUACAUUCCUCCUUUUCUCUCUUACUCCAACUCUAUCUUUGCUUCUCCUCCUUCUCCUCCCCUUCUUUCUUCUCAAACACACCCUCUAUAUUUUAUACAUUUCCUCUUUUUUCUCCUUACGUAACUUAA